AGAGUGCGAAUUAAUACAGAUGAGGCCGAUUUUAACGGAUUGAGCAGUAAUCCUACUUGCAAGAAUAUUAUCUAGCACCACUGGAUAAUUAAUUACUUUACACCGUCCGGUGUCUCGUGCCCAGCCUCGAAACCAACCUCCGCCGCUAACGGUCACCAUCCGCCAAACUUUCCCGCCAUGGAUCUCCUACACUCAUCAGCCUGUCGAUUCCCUACAAGCCACUUCCUCCACCUUCACCGUCCUUCUCCGCCUCUUCGACGCCUCGGCUUCACCGUCAGGUCGAGCCUUCCGUUUCCUGAUCAGAAUGCCAAGUACCACAGAGAGCUUCAAGCUGCCGUGGAUGUUGUCGAGAGAGCUUGUCGUAUUUGUGUCGAUGUGAAGAAGUAUUUGUUAACUGGUGAUAGAAGGAUUCUUGAAAAGAAUGACCAAACUCCUGUCACUGUGGCAGAUUUUGGUGUUCAGGCUCUCAUCAGUUUGGAGCUGAGCAAAUUGUUUCCUUCUAUUCCAUUGGUGGCUGAGGAGGACUCUGCAUCCUUGCGUUCGAAUAAUCUAGUAACUUCUGUUGUGAAUACGGUUACUGAUAAAACAAGCUUUAGAGAGAAACAAUUGACAGAAGCUGAUGUGUUGGAAGCAAUUGAUAGAGGGGGAAAGGAUGCCUUUUCAUUCGGACCUAUGCCAGCCACUUAUUGGAUACUUGAUCCAAUUGAUGGCACACGGGGGUUUGUCAGAGGUGGUGACGCUUUAUAUGUGGUAGGCUUGGCUCUAGUAGUUGAAGGAGAGAUUGUAUUAGGUGUUAUGGGCUGUCCUAAUUGGCAGGAAGAUAAUUCCAGCAAAUCCACGAAAGAAGCCCUGGAGUCUGCACAUACUCUAUCUGAAUCAGGAAUCAUUAUGGUUUCUCAUAUUGGCUGUGGAACAUGGACAAAACAAUUAUCUGGUAUGAUGAGUAGCACCACUAAAAUUCCUAAUAAUUGGGCCAGAUGCUCUGUUGAUAGCUGUUGCUUAGUUCAUGAGGCACGCUUUUGUAGUCUAGAUGGUCAAACAUGGGACUCAUUGCCUCUAUCCACUUCAUUUGAUGCAACUACUGAUGCUGAGAGUAUCAAUGAUAAACUGGUUCUCCUUCUGCCUGCAUGUUGUGGAAGUUUGUGCAAGUACUUAAUGGUGGCCUGUGGUAGGGCAUCUGUUUUUAUCCUCCGUAAAAGGGCUCAAACAAUUGUCCAGGCUUGGGAUCAUGCUGUUGGGAUGAUAUGCGUGCAUGAAGCAGGGGGAAAGGUGACUGACUGGAGAGGGAGUCAACUUGAUCUUGCAGCAGAUCAAGUUGACCGGAGGUUCAUAUAUCCUUCAGGUGGUGUUCUUGUUGCAAAUAGCAGCUUACAUAGCAAACUACUAGAGUUGAUCUCGUCUAGCUCGUCAGUUGUUUGAUGGCAUCGGGUACUCAAUCCUAUCAUUCAUUUAUUUUUAUUUCCAUUAAUCAAUUAUUUGAUUUCUACAAUUCUUGUGGCUUCCCUUAUGUCAGUUUUUCUGAGAUCCUCAUUUUUAUUUUACUUUUGAAUUUUUAUACAAAAUCAUUCAUGUAAAAUGUUGUGUACCAAUAAAAUUAUGCGAAAAAUAAAUUCUAACUAA